AUGUCGUCCUUAAGCCAGCGCUGUACCCGGCAGCUCCUCCGGGAGCCAUUCCAGCGUGGCUCACUACCACUAUUUCUCACACCUGCAUUCUCAUCCCCCCGUGCACAAUGCUUCUCAACCACGGUCCCAGCGCAAUCGAGAGUCGGAGGCGCCGCCAUCUCCGUUCCCCCGGAGGUCUCAUUGAAUCUUGUUGAUAUCCCAAAAUCAACGGUCCGGGUACGAGGAAAGGAUACGCCAAAAUUUGCAGCGCAUAUCAAGGGUCCUAAGGGCGAGAUGAUCCUUGACAUUCCCUCAUUUCUCAACGUCAACCAAGAUGCGACUAGCCAGAAGACCACCUUGUCAGUCGUCGACCCAGAGCAGCCUCAUCAGCGUGCGAUGUGGGGUACUACACGCGCUCUCCUCCAGAAUCACAUCACCGGGGUGUCCGAAGGCCAUAUUUGCGUUCUAAGCCUUGUCGGUGUGGGUUACAGGGCAACUAUUGAGUCCAAAGCGACGACCGUCAAUCCUUCCUUCCCUGGCCAACAGUUCGUCUCGUUGAAGGUUGGCUUCUCGCACCCAAUCGAGCUUCCUAUCCCACAGGGAAUCCAGGCCAGCACACCCCAACCCACCCGUAUCCUCCUCGAGAGCGUUGACAAGCGUCUGGUGACCCAAUUCGCCGCCGAGAUCAGGGAAUGGAGAAGGCCGGAACCGUACAAGGGCAAGGGUAUCUUUGUUAACGGAGAGACCAUUAAGCUCAAGGCGAAAAAGAUCAAAUAG